GACCAUCGGUGGCGUCAGUUGUGCAACGUGGGCAUGGCCGCAAACUGACCUAAAAUUGUAGAACAAAUCAACUAGAGCGUAGAGGGAGGGAUAGUAAGAGGUUUAAUGGCAAGAGCUCUACGAUUAUCUCAAGAUAAAUCUGUUUUUUCAUUCAUUUACAGUACAUUCAUAUUCUACUAGUAAAUACUCUACCUUACAUGUUCGUUAAACCGAAAAGGGAUAAAUUACUGUUUCAAGUGUGACAAGCCGCCUUAUUUCAUUAUCAUUUGACCCACGCUAGAUUUGCUUCCAUUUAACAAAAACGCUGUCCUAUUGUCGUCUUUCCUUUGGCAGUUCUGUCGAUCUUUACUACUGCAUGCUGACAUUCAUUCAUGACGCUUUUUGCUGUACACCGGAUUACGCAUCGGAUCCAGAUUAUUUGCUUUGUCGAUCAUCACAGAUCACCAAGUCAGAACAUGUAUGUUCUGCCAUGGUACCAGGCGAUCGCAGCAUCCAUUGAAAACAGGUUCUCACGAACACUCGUACAGCCGUCGGUGGGAGAUAACGCAGAGCGAUUCCCCCGAUCGCGUUCAUUCACCGUCCACUGAACAGUGCAAACAAGUGUUCCACAAAGCCCAGAACCUUUUUCUUCUUCGUUAGGUAUGAGAACGGUGUCCACAUUGCUCAGAGCAGACAUGCAGUACUAGUGAUUCGUUUGAUUUUGGAAAAGCUGAUUGUAAAUGUACGGAAAACUGACUCGUUUGCUGCUGGCCUUUCUUUUCAUCUCGGUUUUGGUGCGAGAGUCAUCGGCAGCCUUUUAUCGAGAUCGGCGAAAGGUUUGUAAUUACUACGAAUGGAAGUGCAACAGUGGCCAGUGCAUCGAGUCUAACCAGCAAUGCGACGGUGUGGUCGAUUGUAAGGACGGUUCAGAUGAAACCUCUAAGUCCUGUGCGUUUGUGAGGUGUCCAACCUAUGCGUUUCGAUGUCAGUAUGGUGCCUGCGUCGAUGGGAACGCACUCUGCAACGGGGUGCGGGAAUGUGCCGAUCAUUCCGACGAGCAUGCGCACUGCCCCGGAAGUACCAGUCCACUGCUUACCGCACAAGGGAACUGUUCCAAUACGGAGUUCAAUUGUCGAUCGGGCGAGUGCAUAGCGGCGGAUCAGGUUUGCGAUGGUCAGGAAGAUUGUAGCGAUGGAACCGACGAAAGCCAGCAGCUAUGCAGCGUCGUGUUUUGUCCGUCCUUUUCGUUUCGCUGUAGCUACGGUGCAUGCAUCGGUGGAUACUCCAAGUGCGAUGGUGUCGUUGAUUGUCGCGAUGGUUCCGACGAGGAUGAACUGCUUUGCGGAAAGCCUUAUCCCUCGACGACACCGCAAACCACAGUCGUGGUAUCCUCAACCUCAACUACUACCUCCACGACCACGCAAGCUACGGUAGCGGUAACUGGACCACCCGGAUCCUGUUUAGUUCCGUCGUCACCAAGAAACGGUCGUAUCGUGCUUGACGAAACCGCAUUGGAGGUGCAAAUUCUUCCGGGAGAGUUUAUUGAAAACUACAACUCGGUCCACGUGGUCUGCAACGAAAAGUUUACGAUCAAAGGUUCGCCCACUAUCAUCUGCCUCGAUGGCCAGUGGAUGGAUCAAUUUCCCAUAUGCGAAAAAUACUGUUCCGAGAUACCCAUCAAUGGCAUUACGAUCGAACCGUUCUGUGAGUACCAACGACGCCAGAUAACGUGCAAAAGACCGUUACCACCUUCGACGAAGGUGCGCAUCGGAUGUCGCGUUGGUUAUCAGAAACCGGCCGAGCCGGUCAAUGAGACGCUAACCUGCGUCGAUGGUUCCUGGGACAGUGCGGUAUUUCGGUGUGAGCCCGUCUGCGGUACAGCGACACCGGAUGCGGAAGCCUACAUCAUCGGUGGACGGAAUAUUUCGAUCGCCGAAGUACCGUGGCACGUGGGUGUCUACAAGAAUCUCAACAAUGAUACCCUAAACGAUGUGCGGUCCUUGGACUGGCAGUAUGUCUGCGGCGGAACCAUCCUGACCGAGCGUCUGGUUGUGACGGCCGCCCAUUGUUUCUGGGCAUCGGAAGGGUUCUAUGAUAAGCGCUUUUUCCGGAUCGUCGCCGGAAAGUACCGGCGGGAUAUUGCUGCAAUCGAGGCUCUUCCUUCGCAGAUUUUUCAGGUGUACGAACUGCUACACCAACCGCAGUAUCAAGAUUUUUCCGGAUACUAUAAUUUAGACAUUGCGAUCGUGGUUGUCAGUGAUUUCAUCUCCUACCGCACAUACAUUCGACCGAUCUGUCUUGAGCGGAACCUACGGACCGAGAGCGAGAAGCGCAUCAAACCGAAUAGCGUCGGACGGGUCGCUGGUUGGGGAUUCACGACUAGCACCGGAAACCUUAGCCCGGUACUGAAGGUAAUCGAUAUUCCAACGGUGGACUACGUGACGUGCCGAGAGUUUUCACCAAUAGCCUAUCGACCGUUCCUAACCGGUGAUAAAUUUUGUGCCGGAGAUCCACGCUCCGGCACCGGUGUUUGCCAGGGUGACAGUGGCGGUGGGUUCGCCCUGUCCAAGGACACAAACGGUGAGUCCGUGUACUACCUCUACGGUGUAGUAAGCUCUGCUCCACGUGCCUCUAGCGGUGGAUGCGAUAACAACAAGUAUGUGGCCUUUACAGAGGUACAGAAUUACAUUCCAAUGAUACUCGACGCCGAAAGCCGCUAUCCUGUACUGUAGCUCGACGGUGUUUGUACAACCCAUUGAAAGCAAUGCGAAUAAAGAAACGAAUCCUUUUUUCCCAAAC